GGGCCUCCGUUCCCCCGCCCUACGCACACGCCUUCAUUCAGACGCACCGUGGGCGGGGGCGGCUUUGGCGCCCAAUUUGACUCUUCUAACAGUCUCCUCGGCGGGGUCCUAGUUUGGAGCGUUGGGUCCGCGCUGGUAACCGAGAAACUGCCUGGGCCUCCACCACAACCGUCCUCCCCAUUUCCCUAGAAAUUUUGUAUCAGUUGAGGAUUUCCAGAAUUGUAGCAUAUUAAGAUUUAUAUUUCCGUGGUUUUUGAAUCAAUGAAAAGAAAAUGGGAAGAAAAAUUGAAGAAGAUUGGAGAACGAGCAUCCCAGUAUGAAAAAAGACCACUGGGCUCAGUCUAUAGGCCCCGGCUGUCUAAGCCAGCGGACCCAUCCUCUGUAUGGAGGCUGUUUCAUCGUCAAGCUCAAGCUUUUAACUUUGUCAGAACCUGUAAAGAGGAUGUACAUGUAUUUGCUUUGGAACAUAAAGUGGCAGAUGGACAACGUAUAUACCUUGUAACAACUUAUUCUCAACUCUGGUUUUACUAUAAGUCCCGGAAAAAUCUCAUGCACUGCUAUGAAGUUAUUCCUGAAAAUGCUGUUUGCAAGCUUUAUUUUGAUUUGGAGUUUAGUAAACCUGCCAAUCCAGGAGCAGAUGGAAAAGAAAUGGUUGCACUCCUAAUUGAGCAUGUUUGUACGGCCCUUCAAGAGUUAUUCAAUGUUAAUUGUUCAGCAGAAGAUGUUCUCAACUUGGAUUCCAGCACUGAUGAAAAAUUUAGCCGACAUUUAAUAUUUCAGCUCCAUAAUGUUGCAUUUAAAAAUAAUAUCCAUGUUGGUAAUUUUGUUAGAAAAAUUUUGCAAUCUGUGAUUGUAUUAGAGGAUGGUAAAAUUAAUAACAAGAUACCAGAAAUACCAGGACACAUAAUUUCCUCUUCUUCAAAAACAAUAGUGAAACCAGAAACCUCUUUUACAAACGUAUCUGAAGAUAAAAAUACUGCGAAAAGCCAGCCGUUUAAUUCAUGUAAGGUAGAAGAUUUGGGGACAUCACAGCAAAAUGCACCAGAUCUUUCUUUUUUAAUUGUGAAGAAUAAAGGAGGAGAUGAUCACCUUUUUGUAGACAUGGGAGUUUAUACAAGAAAUAGAAACUUCCGGCUGUAUAAAUCAUCAAAACUGGGCAAAUGUGUGUCCUUGGAAGUAGCUGAAGAUAACAAAUUUUUUCCAAAACAAUCAAAGACUGUUUCUGAAGAAAACCAGUAUUUCCUUUCUUCUUUGGUCACCAACAUCAGAUUUUCAGACACUUUACGAAUCCUUACCUGUGAUGAACCUCUAAGUAAACAAAAAAGGACUGAAUGUUUUAACAGUGCCAGUACUAAAGUGGGUGUCAUUGAAGGCUUCCAGUGCUCACCAUACCCUGAAAUUGAUAACUUUGUUCUUUCUUUGGUGAAUAAGAAUGGCGUUAAGGGAGGAAUUCGGUGUUGGAACUACUUUUUCCCAGAAGAAUUACUUGUUUAUGAUAUUUCGAAGUAUCGCUGGUGUGGAAAUAUUAAAAGAGCCCACAAGAGUAAUAAUAUAAUGAUUCUGGUGGAUCUGAAAAAUGAGGUUUGGUAUCAAAAAUGUCAUGACCCUGUCUGCAGAGCAGAAAACUUCAAAUCAGAUUGUUUCCCAUUACCAACUGAAGUGUGCCUCUUAUAUCUGUUCAAAGAGGAUGAUGAAGACCACAUUUUGAAUGGAACCGAAACUAGGAACACUGGAACUGACCCAAAAUCCUCCAAUUCACAAGAAUUAUCUCCUAGUAUACUGACAGGAGGGGUGCCUUCAGACACAGACUGGGAUGACGGGAUUGAUGAUGCCUGGUUUCUGGAAGCUGUUGAAGAUGCUGAGUUAGCUGAAGCUGCAAAGAAGAGUCUGGCCAGUGACAGCCCCAUAGAGGAUGAGAUUCCGGAUGCACUUCUCAUAGAAGUGUUAGAAGAACAGAAAACAAAUAGGAGUAUAAUUUGACUUCAAAGAGCGGCUAAAGGUAAAAUUUAGAAAUUCACUGUUGUGAGCUGUCAUAGAGGAGAAUCAGGUAGACUUGGGCUCAAGUCCCAGCAUCUGUGUGCCAUACUGGCUGUGUGCCUGACCCUGGGCAACCCACGUAAGCUCCUUGGUACUAGAACAGGCAACUUUCUAGGACCAUCAGUUGCAGAGGAGGUGCUGACCUUACCUGAGAAUUAUCUAGCCUCUUGAAAUCACAGGUCUAGUCCAGAGCUUUAUAAACUGAUCAUUACAGUACCUAUUAUUGAAUUUUUUUUCUUUUUGAACAUUUUCUUAAUUAUUACUAGAAAUUCUAUUAAAUGCUGAUAUUUUAAUGGUCCUAUUAUAUAUCAUAACCUAUGAUCACUAAUACAGAUCUGACACUGUUCUAGACCCCUGUACUUGGAUGUCAUUCCAUGUCACAGACACAAGGGCCCCAGUAUGUGAAGUAUUAGUUAAACAAAAGCCCCAAGUUAAUAUUAACCUGCAUAAAGUAUGCCAACAAUACGGGUACAGUAGAGUCUGUCAGUCAAGAAUCCAGGCCACGAACAAACUUGCAAACCCUAGGCCCAUGAAGCUUACAAAGUCAGACACCACCUCCUCAGCCAAUCACAAUGCUCAGGGAGCUGAAGCAAAGGUAAGAAAUAAUUAAUUACUUUCCUCCCCACCGCUCUUGAGAAGCAAGGAAAACUGGGCAAAUAUCACUGAAAUUUCAGAAAUUAAGACUUUUCCCACAUAAAACAGAAAAGUUUUGGAGCCAGCUUUGGGACUGCCACCCCUAAGUAGAUCUGAGACUGCAUCUGAAACUAAGCUGGCUUCUUAAAUAGCUAGUGUCAGUCACUAAGCAUUUAUUAAACAUUGUACAUACAAAGAAAAGCAAAAACAUGGUCCCUGCCUUUGAGGAAC